ACAAUCCCCCAGUAGGUCUCAACAAACAAGUGCAGUUGAAGUUAAAGCAAACACACUGAAUAUGGUCAACAUUGGCCACAUAUUUGUAUGGACGCUAAUAGUGGUCAUUGCUUCAGGGACGGAUCUGAAUAGUGAUGAAUCUCUUAAUGAUGUCUUAGGCUACUCCCCGCCCACAUUCAAUACUGAGACAUCUUUGUCAGUUCAAAAUAUUGAAAAGAUCGAUGUAAAAUGCGACCAACGAAAUGGAAUGACGGUGGAAGUAGACUUUUUAGAAAACUUUAACGGAGUCAUUUACAGCCAGGGCUAUUACAAUGAUCCCAAGUGCACCUAUGUGGCGGCCAAUAAUGGAGACACAAAAUUUGUAUUCAAUGUGCCGUAUGAUGGCUGCGGCAGUAAGCCGUCAUGCUCGAUAUGCUCCUCAAUUGAGAAUGUUCUAAUUAUACAAAAUGAUAAAGAUAUUCAGAAUAGUUGGGAUAUAGCGAGAAAAGUAUCAUGCAGCCGCAGCGAGGAGCAGGAGAAAACGGUCUACUUCAAGCCGUUCGUCGUGGAUAUGCUCGAAGUAGUUUCCGUAGAUACCCCAAGCGGUCCAGUGGAGUGCUGGAUGGAAAUUGGUACUGGAAUACCACCGAAUAUAAAGCCCAUUGGCACAACACUGAAGCUUGGCACCGAUGUAACGUUCACCAUCAAUGUAAAGCAUUCGACUCAAGCAUGGGACGUAAACAUACUGAAGUGCUAUGCCUCGGAUGACAUGAACUUUGAGGCAAAAACCACCAAGACGUUACAGCUCUCCGAUAAGAGAGGCUGCACUAUAAAGGAAAAAAUAUUUGGGGAGUGGAAAAAGUUGGAAUCCCAGUCCAGGUCCAGUCUUACCUCCACAUAUUAUAAUACGCUCAAAGCAUUUAAGUUCCCCGAUCGAUCCCAAGUAUACCUAAAGUGUGAUAUUGAAUUGUGCAAUGGAGCUUGUCAAAGAGAAUACUCAUGUAGCAGCUUAAAGACCAGAAUACCUACAGAUGCGCCCAAGCCAAGGUGCUACCCCGGCUCAGAAGAUCCUGCUUGUCUUUCAAAUUCUUCCUCAAUACCGACAAAGCCAACAAUAGAAAUAACCACGAGGAGAACACCAAAUUAUUCGGCGCCGACGACGUCUAGAGGUCCUAUAACCACGGACACACCGAAAUGUUAUCCAGGAUCGACCGAUCCUGAAUGUGUUUCACCGACAACGAGAAAAACACCAACUUAUUCGGCACAGUCGACGACUAGAGGUCCUAUAACCACAGACACACCGAAAUGUUAUCCAGGGUCGACCGAUCCUCGAUGCCCACAGAGGCCCGCGACGACUAAAAAGUCGAGAUGUUAUCCUGGCUCACCGGAUCCAGACUGCCUCAACUGCUUCCCAGGUUCUCCAGAUCCACGAUGUCCUAAGGUGCCAACAACCAAAAAGUCAGGUUGUGAGGAGAACUCAGAUGACCCCAGAUGUCAACCUGCCACCUAUUUACCGCCUACUACAUAUCGGACACCAACAAUUUCACCUAAGCCAAGGUGCUAUCCUGGAUCGAGAGAUCCUGAGUGCCUCCCCGCAACUUACCAGCCGCUAACAACAAGAAGAACACCAACUUAUUCGGCACCGUCGACGACUAGACGUCCUAUAACCACAGACACACCGAAAUGUUAUCCAGGGUCGACCGAUCCUGAAUGUGUUUCACCGACAACGAGAAAAACACCAACUUAUUCGGCACAGUCGACGACUAGAGGUCCUAUAACCACAGACACACCGAAAUGUUAUCCAGGGUCGACCGAUCCUCGAUGCCCACAGAGGCCCGCGACGACUAAAAAGUCGAGAUGUUAUCCUGGCUCACCGGAUCCAGACUGCCUCAACUGCUUCCCAGGUUCUCCAGAUCCACGAUGUCCUAAGGUGCCAACAACCAAAAAGUCAGGUUGUGAGGAGAACUCAGAUGACCCCAGAUGUCAACCUGCCACCUAUUUACCGCCUACUACAUAUCGGACACCAACAAUUUCACCUAAGCCAAGGUGCUAUCCUGGAUCGAGAGACCCUGAGUGCCUCCCCGCAACUUACCAGCCGCUAACAACAAGAAGAACACCAACUUAUUCGGCACCGUCGACGACUAGACGUCCUAUAACCACAGACACACCGAAAUGUUAUCCAGGGUCGACCGAUCCUGAAUGUGUUUCACCGACAACGAGAAAAACACCAACUUAUUCGGCACAGUCGACGACUAGACGUCCUAUAACCACAGACACACCGAAAUGUUAUCCAGGGUCGACCGAUCCUCGAUGCCCACAGAGGCCCGCGACGACUAAAAAGUCGAGAUGUUAUCCUGGCUCACCGGAUCCAGACUGCCUCAACUGCUUCCCAGGUUCUCCAGAUCCACGAUGUCCUAAGGUGCCAACAACCAAAAAGUCAGGUUGUGAGGAGAACUCAGAUGACCCCAGAUGUCAACCUGCCACCUAUUUACCGCCUACUACAUAUCGGACACCAACAAUUUCACCUAAGCCAAGGUGCUAUCCUGGAUCGAGAGAUCCUGAGUGCCUCCCCGCAACUUACCAGCCGCUAACAACAAGAAGAACACCAACUUAUUCGGCACCGUCGACGCCUAGACGUCCUAUAACCACAGACACACCGAAAUGUUAUCCAGGAUCGACCGAUCCUGAAUGUGUUUCACCGACAACGAGAAAAACACCAACUUAUUCGGCACCGUCGACGACUAGACGUCCUAUAACCACAGACACACCGAAAUGUUAUCCAGGAUCGACCGAUCCUGAAUGUGUUUCACCGACAACGAGAAAAACACCAACUUAUUCGGCACCGUCGACGACUAGACGUCCUAUAACCACAGACACACCGAAAUGUUAUCCAGGGUCGACCGAUCCUGAAUGUGUUUCACAGACAACGAGAAAAACACCAACUUAUUCGGCACCGUCGACGACUAGAGGUCCUAUAACCACAGACACACCGAAAUGUUAUCCAGGGUCGACCGAUCCUCGAUGCCCACAGAGGCCCGCGACGACUAAAAAGUCGAGAUGUUAUCCUGGCUCACCGGAUCCAGACUGCCUCAACUGCUUCCCAGGUUCUCCAGAUCCACGAUGUCCUAAGGUGCCAACAACCAAAAAGUCAGGUUGUGAGGAGAACUCAGAUGACCCCAGAUGUCAACCUGCCACCUAUUUACCGCCUACUACAUAUCGGACACCAACAAUUUCACCUAAGCCACGGUGCUAUCCUGGAUCGAGAGAUCCUGAGUGCCUCCCCGCAACUUACCAGCCGCUAACAACAAGAAGAACACCAACUUAUUCGGCACCGUCGACGACUAGACGUCCUAUAACCACAGACACACCGAAAUGUUAUCCAGGGUCGACCGAUCCUGAAUGUGUUUCACCGACAACGAGAAAAACACCAACUUAUUCGGCACAGUCGACGACUAGACGUCCUAUAACCACAGACACACCGAAAUGUUAUCCAGGGUCGACCGAUCCUGAAUGUGUUUCACCGACAACGAGAAAAACACCAACUUAUUCGGCACCGUCGACGACUAGAGGUCCUAUAACCACAGACACACCGAAAUGUUAUCCAGGAUCGACCGAUCCUGAAUGUGUUUCACCGACAACGAGAAAAACACCAACUUAUUCGGCACCGUCGACGACUAGAGGUCCUAUAACCACAGACACACCGAAAUGUUAUCCAGGGUCGACCGAUCCUCGAUGCCCACAGAGGCCCGCGACGACUAAAAAGUCGAGAUGUUAUCCUGGCUCACCGGAUCCAGACUGCCUCAACUGCUUCCCAGGUUCUCCAGAUCCACGAUGUCCUAAGGUGCCAACAACCAAAAAGUCAGGUUGUGAGGAGAACUCAGAUGACCCCAGAUGUCAACCUGCCACCUAUUUACCGCCUUCUACAUAUCGCACUCCAACAAUUUCACCUAAGCCGAGGUGUUAUCCUGGAUCUACUGACCCUCAAUGCCCUCAGGAGCUCCCAUCGACAGCAAAACCGAGGUGCUCUCCAGGAUCAACCUCCCCAGACUGUCUAGCACCAACGUAUCUGCCACCAACAACGAAACAAACUCCAACUUAUAAUACAAUUACAUCUAAGCCCGUAACAACAGCGACUCCAACAGAUGGGGAAAAGUUAAGGUGCUACGCUGUGUCGCCAGACCCACGUUGCAAACAGGACACCACUGUCAAACCCUCCUAUAACUUGAUUACUUCAACUCAGCCUCCCGCAACAACGCCUACUUAUUGUUAUCCUGGAUCUAUUGAUCCACGUUGCCCCGACAGCGGAUACAAAGGUACGAGUCGCAUUCCUGCUACAUAUCUACCGCCCUUGACUGACCCGGGCUACGAUAGGACUAUUCGAAAUGCAAAGAGCUCUUUCUUUAAGGAAAUUAACCAAUUGGCUUUCACCGAUAAUAACAUUUUUGAGAUUGAUGAGGACGAAAGCGAAUCAACUAGAGUUAAGCGCGAGUUAAAGGCUGCCGACGAUGAUUCUUUGAUCAUUUCGCAAGAGGAAGACCUCUUAUCGAGGAGAAUUGUUAAGCGUGAGUUCAGUGAGCGGCCAUCAGAGCGAGAGGUGAUUUCUCUGACACUCGGUAUUCGAACUGGGAUCAAUGUUAAUUAGUCAUGGAAGUUAAAAACCUAGCACUAGCAAUACUAUUAUAAUACCCAUCUUACACCGAUAUGUAUUUUACUUAGCCAGAUAUUCAUUAAAUAUAAAUCUUUGUACAAAUUGAAACGAACC